CCGCUUUGACAUAGCAGCUCGACUCGCUCUUUCUGCCUGCAACACCUAAGAGGAGGGUGAAGAAAGCUGGACCAGGCAAGCUUUGGCCUUGCGGCGAGCUGAAAGACAAUGUGCUAAUCGUGCCCCCGUUCAAAGUGCACAAGCAACGGAAGAAAGGAAGACGAGAGCCGCUUCAGCCAGGGCGUCACAAACAAGCAAGGAUGGCAGCAUCAACAUCACCGCGCCCGCUCUCCCAGCAAGACCCAGACCAGGACCCGUCAGAGCUUACAGACUGGGUCAACACGAUUGCCGCUCGUGCUACCGCAGCCGCGGGCUACAGCACGCAGUCGGCUAGCGCGCUCCAGGAUGAAGUUCGCCGGGCGCGUGAAGAGAGGCAGAACAGGAGGAACAGACUCAGCGCCAACGGGGUCAGGUCGCUCACGCGAGGGGACAGCAUCAGCAGCGGCACAGGUCCUUUGCCAAGCCCAAAUGCCGGGAUUACAGAGCACACGACCGGCGGAAGUUUUCGAGCAAGCGGGAUCCUAAGUCCCACGCUGACAGGAGGGGCAUACGACAAUCGGCCCUUUUCGCCAUCACACGAACUCAUUGCUUCUGAACCUCCGGCUUUCCCGUCCCACUCAAUACCCAAGUCACCCAACAUGACUCGCACGCUCUCCUACCGCUCGAACGUCCGUCCCCGCUCUUCCUCCUCGGUUACCGCGCCAGUACUCACCUCCCCCACUGCAGCGACCGCAGGCGGGCUCAAGGGACAUGCUGGCGUCUCGCCAUCCCCAACAUGUGCCAGCGCCGGGCCCGUGUCGCUUGCCAAUUUCAUCGGCGGCAAAGCCUCUGGCCCUCGUCUGGGUAAGCUUGUCGGUGACGGCUGCAACCAACCGCCGGAAGCUGCGCUCGCCGUGGGAGCUGGUGAGAGGGAUUCACGAGGCAAACCGAUUGCGUUGCCGGGUAUGGCAGGACAAGCCGCCGGUGCUGGGCUCGCCAGCUUCAUGAAGGACCACCUCCCGCCCGGCACUGCUUCACCCUGGACCACAGUCGCAAACAGCAGCGCCGCUUUUGGCUCGCGUGGAAUCGGCACAUCUUCAAGUGCUGGCGUGUCCAGCAUCAGGACGAGGAGCAGGAGUCCUGAAAAGCCACGCGCUGCUGUCCCGCCUGUCGCCUCCACCAUCUCUCCCACAUUCGCCUCUACAGCGACUACAACGUACAUACGCAACUCAGGCUCCCUUUCUUUCUCGAAUUCUCCUUCGCACGCCGCACCCGCCCUUGGCACCAGCCCGAGUCGCUCGGGCUCGGUCCCAUACCCUUCCAGUAGCCCGGCCAAGGUGCAGGGCAUGAGCUGGAGCGAGCGCGGCAUCCCGUCUUCCUCUGUUGUUGGUGGCGGUUCUUCUCCCUGCUUGGGUGCUGCAGCCAGGUCGCCAGGGAAGUCUGACUUGGCACUGCUUGCGACUAGCCCUGGCAAGAACAGCAGCUACUUUCCUUUCUCGGUUGCCACUGCGACCAUCCCUGGCAAAUACGGUACUUCCUCGUCUCCUGCCCAUGGCAACUCUGUCAUUUCUCCUUCUACUGUAUCUGCAGCUAGCCCAGCAAAGGAAGGCAAUUCUUUCCCGACAUCGGGAGUAACUGCAUCUGGCAGACUUGCCACUUCUCCAGGCAACUUUGAAUCAAGCGCAAGGAGCUCGAGCGAGACCGCUCGCUCGCCUGUCAAAGAAAGCUUCUGCCUUGUACCCCCAGAUCGGUCCCCAGUCACCGAGACCAUGCUGCUCAAGAGCUUUUCACCGGUCCGCGCUUCUACUUCUCCAGCUGCAGCACCUCUAUCGUCGCUAGAAGUCGACUCGACGCCCAGAGGUGCGACCGAUGUCCCGGCAUGGAAGGCAGCGCUCCUCGCCAACCGGUCCAACAGCGGCGCCGAAGCAGGCAACAGCUCUAGUGCUGCCUUUACAACUUCUGUCAAGCCAUCUUCGUCGCCUUCCAUUUCGAGCAAUGCCAAUGGCCCUCCUGCUUUUGCGACUUCCCAUGUGGAACGCGCCCCAACUGCGAGUCUGACCCGCCUCAGCGCUAAAAAAAUGGUCGGGCAGCGGUUACGGGAGGCGAAAGCGAGGGAAAGCCAGGGUGGGUCCGCUUCUGGCGGUGCUGCCGCUCCUUCCUCUUCUACUGCCAGUGUAUCAGGCGCGCCCAGUCCGGCGCUUCCGGUCAACGCACCUGGCUUGAAAGACCGCUGGCCAGCUGCUAGGUUCCAUGGCGGCGGCGGUGCUGUUCAGAAGGAUAUGCCGCUUGCAUCACCCACAGUGUUGCCGCAAGCGGCACCUGCUGCCACUGAGCAAUAUCUGCUCAAAAAAGCGUGGACACCUGGAAAAAUUGCAACUGCACUUCCAGCCUUAGCUGGUAUACCCCUUGGCGGUGCAAGUGGAGAGGCUCGUCCGUUCCAACAACGGCGCUCGCGCUCACCGGACAAGCGAGGAGACGUCUCCAACGAGAGAUCUGAUCUCCCCCCCGUCCGCCUCCCUGGCCUUGGCGGCGCUGUGUCUCCGUUCGCGGCUGCACGAGCGACUUCCUCGUCCAAAGGCGUAAGCAUGACAGAGGCCGCGCCUAUCGAUGCGCCUAUGUCGACAGAGGCAGACGAUACUGCCGACUCGAGCACGCCGAAGGCUUCGGCAUCGACUGCUGUACCAGCUGCUGAACCCCUGGCCUCGCUCACGAAAGGUCGUGCCAAGGGGCCGAAGCGAACUGCCGCUAGGAGCGUACCUGACGCGUCUGUCGUGCAAGCGGAAGCAGCGCCUGUUUCCACGCCCGCGGCUUUGCGUGAACCACCUGUUAUAGAACAUUGCACCGCUGCCGCAGACGUGCGAGCAUCUGCCGUGACGCCCCUGCAGGGAUCGCAGACAGCGGCGACCACCAAUGCAUCAGCCUUCAGGGCCAAGCAACAGUCGUCCACACUGGAUUCCACCCACACGUUCGAGUCACGGUACGAUGACCAAGUGGAGACGCGCUCACCUCGGGCUGAGACCGUCAAAGACACGGGUGCGAGGCCAUGUGGGGGUCGUUCUUCUAGUCCUGUCCGCCGCUCAGUAUCGCCUGUCAAGAGCAGUGCGAGUCCAGCAAAGAGCACAGCUUCAAUCACCGACGGAUUGCCGCCAUUGAGCGCAACCGCCGCACCUACGUCCUUCCAUAAAGCGAUCCCGGAGGACUCAAACCCUACGGUCUCCAAGCUGCCAGACACAGAAAAAGACACAUUCCGUCACGUCAAGCCAUCAGACAGGAUGUUGGAGAAGCAAGGUUUGCGGCUGACUGUUCAUGAGGGGGAGAUGGCUCGGAAGGGGGAUGCGGCGAGUGUCGUAGCGCAGCCUUCCCGACUCGAACCUGCAAAACCUGCGGCCCCUCGCCGCUCGACCUCCGGCAAAAAGGUCGUUGUGCUUGUUUCUGGCAGCGGGAGCAAUUUGCAAGCGCUCAUAGAUGCAACGGUGGGAGAUUCGCCAGCAUUGCCGAAUGCGUACAUCACCUUCGUCAUUUCAAAUCGCAAGGCCGCUUUUGGUCUUACUCGCGCUGCAACCUCCAACCCACCGAUCCCGACGCACGUGCUGGCCUUGAAGACGUGGCAAAACAAGAACCCAGGAGGCACGCGCGAACAAUACGACGAGGUAUUGGCACGGACCAUCCUCGAUCAUGAAGCUGGGAACCCACCCGACCUGAUUGUGCUGGCGGGGUUCAUGCAUAUUGUUUCAGAGCAUUUCUUGCGGGUCCUUGGACACAAGACCAGCUUGCCAUCGCUGGAGGCGGCGCCUGUAUUCGCGCCAGUGCCAAUCAUCAACCUCCAUCCAGCAAAGCCUGGUGCUUUUGAUGGCGCACACGCUAUUGAGCGCGCCUUCAGCGCUUUCCAGGAAGGGAAGAUUCAGACGACAGGAGUGAUGGUGCACGAGGUCAUCGCCGAGGUCGACAGAGGCAAACCGGUGCUGGUGCGGGAGGUUCCCAUCUAUAGCAGUGAUACGCUAGAGACUCUGGAAGAGCGUAUGCAUCGUGUGGAGCACGAGAUCACUGUGGAAGGCGCACGUGCAGUAUUAGAGCGACCUCCACUUCCGAUGAGCGCACCGAACCCUUGGGAUGAUGUGGUCACAUCGACGGAUGAUGCCGCCGCAACAGAGGAGGCUUUGGUGCAAAAUAAUGUGCCGCACUCAGCGUCGGAACUGGAGCAGGAACGCCUCACCUCGCGCUACCCUAGCGACAGUCUUCAUCCUCGAGAGCACAGCGAACAAAGAGUCAACGAGAAGCCUCAAUUCCGCAGUGUAAAGGAUGCCCUUGCCAAUUGGGGUGCAAGUACAACCCUGCCCACCACUGCCUCUCCUUCAGCUCAGCCACGCCCACGCCGCCGAACUGCGAGCCGACCUUCCAGUAUGUACGCCAGCAAAGAAAGCACGCUGGCAGCCGUUCAAGAGCGUCCAUUCGACACGAUCAUUUCUCGGGACGCUGCAAGCCCAAUCAAAGCUAGCCCGGACGAGCUCGGAAAUGUUCAACCCACCACCACUGGGCCUUCUUCCGACAUCAUUCUGCUCCCCAUACAGGCGGCCCAGGACUCUCCUCCUUUCGACGAUUCCCUUUUCGACACAUGGCCAUCUGAUUUGGUCGCAACCGAAAGAACGAUUUCUGUCGACACGCUAUUGAUAAGUCCUGACGGGAGUACCACCUCGCUGAAGCCCUCGGAAGCGUCGAUCCUAUACGAUUCUGAGGUACAUUGCAUUAUCCAUCGUUUCAAGGACUCAGAUGGCUUAGCGAGCACACAGCUCUUCGUUCGGCGGGGUCGUAAGGCCCAGGCAAAAGACACUGACAGCGCGGAAGAGCGGAAGUUGUAUGAGCUGGCUAAACGCUACAACUGCAAGGUCACGGAGAGCAGCCCAGGGCUCGAGCCACAAGGUUUAAGUACCCUGCUUGGUGGCCAUCUCAUCACGCGCCAGGGGCCACGGCAAAGAUUUGAUCCUUCCAACACGCAGAUGUACUCGGUGCGCACCGAUGGCUUUGACGCAUAUGUUGAUCAAGUCGACCUUCACACCUCAAAUUUAGCUUCAGCAUGCAGCGUUGUGGCCUGUCUUCUCGGUGAAGUUUGCGUAUGGCAUGGAAAGGGAAGCUUAGAGGUCGAGCGCAUUCUCGCGGCAAAAUUUGCCGCUACUCUGACAGCAGCAGCGCCGACCGUACAAGAAGAGGGCAAAGAGGAUGAGAUGUUCUGGACAUUCUUCGACAGGGAGCACCCCUAUGCUUCCAGCUGCCUCCAGGCGCAUCGCAGCAAGCUCCCGCAUCGGCUUUUGAUGCCAAGAGCGUGGGAAGUGGGCACAUCGGCGCGAUCUGCGAUGCAACCCUUAGUGCGUUGCACAGCGGCAAAUCUUCAAAGGGAAGGCGUCUACGUCAUCGAACUCCCACUAGAGAUAUUUGUCCUUGUGGGCCCAGAGGCUCGUUCUAAAAGACAAGGCAUCCGCUUCGCCAUCGACGCAGCUCAACGCUUAUCGUCCUGGCGCAAGCAGCAGGUAUCAGCAGUCACCCCGCUCGCUCCGGUCCAUUGUGUGGUGUACCCAUCGCGCACGCCGAGAGACCUUGCCCUUGCUAUCAGAUUUUGGAAUGACGCUCAUCUGGACGGCGGCGAGCCAAUCGCGCAAAUGAACGUCUCGACAGCAAAAGCGGCCCUUGCAGAGCUUGCGCAUACUUCAUUCCAUAAGACGCUUCUCGAAGAUCACACAUGCUUGCCGGUGGGAAUCUCUCCCGAGCACCUGUAGCUCUCUAGGGGCACAUGCGACCCAAUUCAGUAUUUGCCCGCACUAUGUAAUCCUUUGCAUACAACAUUAUACAAGCGGAU